ACUAAAGUUGUCAUCGAUGUGUUUCAAUUCCACGAGGACGGUGUUCCAUGCGUUUCUCCAUCUUCAAGGGGAUUGGCAUUUAGCAUACUUGUAGGCGCCAGUAGGUACAGCUACAGUGGAACGUUUGAAUUUCCCACUUCGAACCUCUAAGAAGCCCUGGACGCCAUUUGAUACAGUCUUCUACUAGAAAACCCUAGCUAUCGUCCGGCAUGGAAGGAGGUGUAGUCAAAGACACAGCUUCUCCCCCAUUGAAGCCACCCUCGAAGUUCUCCGUGUAUCAGAAUCCAGCCCUCUCCGCCGCUCUUACUGCCAACAGCCUCCGCCCUUCCAAGUCCACUUUCAUCUGGUUAUUCUCUGCCUCCUCUGCCUCCGCCGUCGCCCUUCUUCGCAUCAUUUCCAGGGAAAAUGGAUUUAUUGACAAUGCAAAACUCCAAAAUUUUUCUCCAGACACAGCUUAUUUGUUUGCCAAGACCUUGCAGGUUGCAGUGGGUCUAGUUUUUGUUGGAACUCUACUUGCUCUUUUCAAAGCAAUAUCUCUAUGGAGGUCAAGAAGUAUGGCCGGUCCACCACUUGUACCUUCCUCUAAAGGAACUAAUGUUGGAACACAUCUUACAAACCGUCAACUAGGGCUUUUGGGUGUAAGGCCAAAGGUCGAAGACGUUGUGUCUGAACCUUCAAAAAAACCUCCUAAAUCCAAGCACCAUUUAACAUCUUCUCCUUCAGACAUCCUUGUUCCGCUUCACCAAUCAGUGACCAGUUCAAACCGUUCAUCUCGAAUCGGUGCUGAUAAAUCAAACAGCAGCAGCGGAAAUAAGAUGCGUUCUUUCAGCAUGCCAUCCAAAUCUUCAGGUUCUCCAUCUUCUCUAUUUCUUGUGUCCACACCCACUUCACAGCUGUCCUCUGUUCAAACUUCACCUGGUUUGGAUCAAUUGGUUUCAACCCCUUGGUCAAAGAAACGAGGAUCUUCCGCUAAAGAGAUAGCAACAGAGAAGAAACUUGAACAGUUCUUGGCAGAUGUAGGUGAGAAAAUUACUGAAUCAGCUGGGAAACUGGCCACACCCCCUCCUUCCAUUAGUGGAUUUGGCAUAGCGAGCCCUAAUACUGUUGCCAGUUCAGCUAAUACUUCUGGAACCACAAGAAGUACACCGUUGAGGCCGGUGAGGAUGUCCCCCAGUUCCCAAAAGUUCAGCACUCCCCCAAAGAAAGGUGAGGGUGACCUUCCACCACCUAUGUCCAUGGAAGAGUCAAUUGAAGCAUUUGAGGAUUUGGGCAUCUAUCCUCAGAUUGAGCAGUGGCGCGACUGCCUUAGGCAGUGGUUUUCUUCAGUUUUGCUAAACCCCCUACUUAAAAAGAUUGAAGCCAGUCACAUACAGGUAAUGCAAACAGCUGCUAAACUUGGUAUCUCGAUUACAGUCAAUCAAGUGGGGAGUGAUUUACCAACUACUGGCACCUCAGUUUCUGCAUCUGCCUCUGAUAGGACAAAGGAAUGGCAGCCAGCUUUUACUCUUGAUGAAGAUGGACUUCUUUAUCAGCUACGUGCUACUCUUAUGCAGGCUCUUGAUGCUUCCAUGUCAAAGUUGUCUCCAGCCAAUUCACAACAGUCUCCACAGCAAAGUUUGUCAGUCCUCCCCAUUAUGCAGGAAUGUGUAGAUGCUAUCACUGAACACCAAAGGCUUCAUGUGUUGAUGAAGGGCGAGUGGGUUAAGGGUUUGCUACCACAUAGUAGUGUUCGUGCAGAUUAUACAGUACAAAGGAUCCGGGAGCUCGCUGAAGGAACCUGCCUGAAGAAUUAUGAAUAUCUUGGAAAUGGGGAGGUUUAUGACAAAGUCCACAAGAAGUGGACUCUUGAGCUUCCAACUGAUUCUCACUUGCUCUUAUAUCUAUUUUGUGCUUUCUUGGAACACCCAAAAUGGAUGCUCCAUGUGGACCCUACAUCUUUUACUGGUGCUCAGUCUAGCAAGAAUCCAUUAUUCUUGGGAGUUCUGCCUCCAAAAGAAAGGUCCCCUGAGAAGUACAUAGCUGUCAUAUCUGCUGUUCCCCCUGCUCUCCAUCCAGGAGCAUCCAUACUGGUUGUUGGACAGCAAAGCCCCCCAAUAUUUGCCUUGUACUGGGAUAAAAAGCUGCAGUUCUCUCUUCAGGGUAGAACUGCACUCUGGGAUUCCAUCUUGCUGCUGUGCCACCAGAUUAAGCUUGGAUAUGGAGGGAUUAUUCAGGGCAUGCAUCUUGGUUCUUCUGCUUUGGGCAUCCUUCCGGUCCUUGCUGAAGACUGUUAAGAAGUUGACAGAUGGUGGCGGUCCUGUAACAGCAAUUUUUUUUUUUCUUUCCUAAGAAACUGACCAAAGAAGUUCAAAAUCUGUGAAAGCUUGUCUCCUCACGAUGCAUUUCGUGCAUUUCCUGAUAGAAACAGGUCCACCUGGACAACUCAUGCAUUGAUAUAACAGUGCCGCCUAUGAUUUUGCUAGGUCUACGAUUUGAGAUGUCAUUGUUCGGCGCAUUGAUGAUUAAUUUAGAUUUUUUGGGUUUCAGUUGUCAUAACAGUUCAUGUGUUUUAGAUAAUGGCUUUGGGAAAGACGGAGUUCAAAUCUUUUCCACGCUAAUUAGAUGAACAAUUUUUGGUGUGGUGAAUGUGAAUAAUGAAAUCGUGUAGCUUGUACAUAA